CUUUCCAAAGAGAUCGAGUUAAAAAUGGCUCCUACAGUACUCCUGAUCUUAAUACUGAUGCAAAUAAUCAUCAGCACAUGCAAUCUCACGAGGGCUGCAACCUUGCCAAAUUUCACUUCCAUUCUCAUCUUUGGUGACUCCACGGUUGAUACUGGGAAUAACAACUUUAUAAAUACGAUUUUUAGAGGAAACCAUCUUCCAUAUGGCCAAGAUUUCCCAGGUCACGUCCCUACUGGGAGGUUUUCAAAUGGAAAACUCAUUCCAGACUUUGUUGCUAGCUUUCUAGGCAUAAAACAAACUGUCCCUCCUUCUCUAGACCCAAAUCUUUCAAAUGAUGACCUUCGAACUGGUGUUAGUUUUGCAUCAGCAGGAUCCGGAUAUGACGAUCUUACCACUGUUGCAACAGGAGUCAUCCCAAUGUCCAAGCAACUGGAUCAAUUCAAGAGUUAUACGGCAAAGCUUAGUAGGAUUGUUGGUAACACGGAAGCUAAAAACAUCAUUCGAAAUUCUUUGGUAGUUAUAAGUGCAGGAACUAAUGACUUUGGUUUCAAUUACUACCUCUUCCCUUUCCGGAAAGCGCAGUUUGACAUUAGCAGAUAUCAAGAUUUUCUGCAAAAUGCAAUACAAGACUAUGUCAAGGAACUAUACAAUCAGGGUUGUCGCACAAUAGUUAUAGCAGGGCUUCCUCCAAUGGGUUGUCUUCCAGUUCUAAUCACGUUAAGACUUAAGCAGCCCCUUGAUCGAACAUGCUUGGAGGAUGACAAUGCAGACGCUCGGUCUUACAAUCAAAAGCUUGUGAACUUGUUACCACAACUGCAGGCGUCGCUUCCAGGGAGCAGAAUUGUAUAUGCUGAUGUAUAUACACCUUUAAUCGACAUGGUCAACAAUCCACAAAAAUAUGGUUUCACAAACACAAACAGAGGAUGCUGCGGGACUGGAUUAGUGGAAGCGGCAUUCUUGUGCAAUCCAAUUACUUCUGCAUGCGGAACGCCUUCUCAGUUCUUAUUUUGGGAUAGCAUUCAUCCAAGCGAGGCAGCUUACAAAGCCCUGGCUGAUUUCCUGGAGAACCAGAUCCGUCAAAGAAUCCAGUGAUCAAAGUUUUUAGUCGAAUAAAGGACAUCAACCAUAGCUUUCUUUCUUUUUCUUUGAUCUUUUCUGUUGCUGAAUAAACCAUCCGAAGACCAUAGCUUUCAUCAUGAUUUAUUCUGUUAGUUGGAUUUUGGACCAGGUCAUAUAAGAAGGAAAAUAGAGUAUUUGAUUCGGUAAUUUAUGCUUCUAUAUCUUUAUCGAUUUCAGCUCGUCAAAUCUUUUUCAAUUGUAAGAGAGACAUUGGACCCACAAUACCAAAUCACAGGGCACAACAAGACUCGAGGAACCUAAAAAGCAGAAACCGUCCCGGGAGUUUCUUGGCUUCUUUUGCCACCUGAUCCAGAUUUAUUCAAUCCACCUCUCUUUCUGCUUUGGUAUUUCUUUUCCUUUUCCUUUUCCCAUUUAUCCAGAAUUAAAAAAUAAAAUAAUAAUUAAAAAUAAACGAUGUCUUUUUUUUUCACGCUGCACCAUAG